AUGCUAGACGAAGAAGCUGAACGACUAUUCCGUUUGGAAUGCCUUGAGACACUCAACUGGCCGCCGUGUGCUCCAAUCCCAUCUCAUAUUUCCAAACAAGAUCCCAGUCUGGAAUUCCACAAUGUCGCCAACAAUCUGGAUUCUCUUCUGCAGUCAAUUGAUGCUCCUGCCAAUAUUGUUCCAAAAGUGGACUCGAACGGAAAAAUCGCAGGAUUUGAAGAAUAUGAACGAGUUGUUGUUGGAUCAGCGAAUACCUCAAUGUCGAUAAAUAGAGCUCCAUUUAAACAAAAAAGUCUGCACACCUCGGCGUUGAAUAGCAUUAAAGGAUCACCAGGAAACGUUCCAUUCAUUCCGGGUUUCUUGGAAGAAAUAGAGGAAAUGAUGGGGAACAAAGAGAAAUCAUCGAAUGGUGGUGGAGAGCUGAAGUAUCUCAAUUUUUCGGACGAAGCAGACCUACUAAACUCCGUUCCUACUCUUGGCCGAAUUAAAAUUCCCGAAAUCGUCCCACUGAAAAAAGAAGAAAAAGAAGUGGUUCACACUGAGGUAGCAAAACCGGUGGAUACAUCAGACGUGUUUGAUUUUCUCAACAUGCUUAACUCGGACGAAUACACAGUUGUGGAAAAGCCAAAGACUUCCAAAAAGGUAGAGGAUAUCCCUAUCGAUAAGCCAAUCGAAAUCGCUGAACAAGAUGACAACGAAAUUUCGAAUCUUCCGGAAAUCGUCACAAAACCAUACAUUUUUGGAGAGGUGAUUAGCAACAAACCGGGUGAGAAGUUUGAAUACGCAAGAAAAUUGGAAAAGAGUCCAGGAGAAGAAGAAGAAUAUCAGCGGCUUAUGCCAACUAUGGCACGCAAGUAUCCGUUCACUUUGGAUUAUUUUCAACAAUCAUCUGUACUUUGCAUGGAAAGAGGAGAAUCUUUGUUUGUGGCAGCCCACACUUCCGCAGGAAAGACAGUUGUUGCAGAAUACGCAAUCGCUUUGUGUCAGGCUCACAAAACGAGGUACUUUUUAAUUUCAUACUAUUUAUCCAAAGAUCCAGCGGUGUACACUUCUCCAAUUAAAGCACUUUCGAAUCAGAAAUUCCGUGAUUUCAAGCAAAUAUUUGGAGAUGUCGGAUUAGUCACCGGAGAUAUUCAACUGCAUCCGGAGGCUGCUUGCCUUAUCAUGACUACUGAAAUUCUGCGAUCAAUGUUGUACAACGGCUCGGAAGUGAUUCGUGAUCUUGAAUGGGUUGUUUUUGAUGAAGUUCACUACAUCAACAACGAAGAAAGAGGACAUGUCUGGGAAGAGGUGCUAAUUAUGCUGCCAGCGCAUGUUAAAAUUGUGAUGCUUUCCGCUACAGUACCCAAUUGUGUUGAGUUUGCCGAUUGGGUUGGUCGUAUCAAAAACCGUAAAAUCAAUGUUAUUUCAACGGACAAGAGACCUGUACCGUUGGAGCAUUUUUUGUAUACGGGACAAGACGGCAAAACUCAGAGAGACUUGUUUAAAAUCAUCGACAGAGAUGGACAAUUUAUUUUGAAAGGCUAUAAUGAUGCGAAAGAUUCGAAGACAAAGUCAAACGAGAAGGAGAAGGCUGGAGGUUCAGGAGGAAGAGGUGGUAGUCGAGGAGGAGGAGGAAUGAAAAGAGGUGGUGGAAAUAGUGGAGGCGGUAAGAAUUGGCCUGGGAAGAAUGACAAGAAUAUCUACCUGAAUCUCAUCAACUUCAUGAAAUGUGCCGAUCAAUUGCCAAUGGUUAUUUUUGUUUUCUCCCGGAAACGUUGUGAUGAUAACGCCCAAAUGUUGUCUUCCAUGAACUUAACCACGGAAGUCGAAAAACAACAUGUUAGAACCUUCUUCUCUCAGUGUAUCCAAAGAUUGAAAGGAUCUGAUAAGGAACUCCCUCAAGUACUUACGAUGCGAGAACUUUGUUUGAGAGGAUUCGCUGUACAUCACUCUGGAAUUUUGCCCAUUUUGAAAGAAGUCGUUGAGCUUCUUUUCCAAAAAGGAUACGUCAAGAUUCUUUUCGCUACUGAAACAUUUGCGAUGGGUGUUAACAUGCCGGCAAGGUGCGUAGUGUUUGACAGCAUCACGAAACAUGAUGGAACGGAAAGAAGAUUGUUGAAUCCUGGAGAGUAUACACAGAUGGCUGGCCGAGCUGGAAGACGAGGUCUUGACUCCACUGGAACUGUUGUCAUUAUUUGUAAAGACUCUUCAAUUCCCCUUCCGGACGUUCUGAAAAAUGUGAUCAGUGGCCAAGCACUACGCCUAGAGAGUAAAUUCCGUGUGACCUAUUCUAUGAUUCUGAAUCUGCUUCGUGUGGAGCAGUUGAAAAUUGAGGAUAUGCUGCAGAGGAGUUACGUUGAAAGUGAUUCAUUAAGAGAAUCAAAGGAGAAGAAAAAGGCGUUGUGCGAAAUGAGAAGAGCGUUGGAGGAAGUAGAACCAAUCGAAUGUGAAACAUGCACUCCGAAUUCACAACUGAGAGAUUAUCAUGACGCAGUCAUUGCAUUCGUCCAAAAGCGAGCGAAUAUCUGGCCCAAACUGAAUGAUGAGAACGUUAUCAACAAGCUGUUGGGAUCUGGAAGAUUCUUGAUUGUAACUAGUGCACAUAAUCAGCUGCAAAAUGAAUGUGCACUGUUGAUUAAAGAGUUGAACAAUAAGUCGAUACAGGUUUUGUCCGUCUCGAAGGAUUCUGAAGAGACGACACAAAAGAAUUUAAAAGCAGUAAAGUUUUCAAAACUUCCGAAAACGGUAUUUGACUCACUAUCAGAAAAGGAUAUCAACUGGCUCACUGAGGAAAACCAAAUCCUUGGAACUACGAAAUACGGAACUCGAGGGGUUGCUCAAUGUCCGCAGACCGCUCAAAGUUUCCGACUGUCUGAAAUUCCAUUGUCUGGAAUCGUUGCUGUAACGAAAAAAAGCAUUAAGAAUGUUCAAUCUGCCGAGAUAUUGCAAGAAUAUAACAUGCUACAGAUUCCAAGAUUCCGGGAUCGUGAGAUUUCUGAAAGCAUCCGGAAGCUUAUGCAGCAAAUAACUACCGUUUCACAGCAACUUGCGAGCAAAGAAUUGGAAACAUAUUCGUGGAAAGAGCUUCGAGCAAUGUGCCAGAAUCUUGAAUUGAGCUUCGAAACUGAUUGGAUGGAGUCUAUUGAAUCAGAGCUGAAUCUUCCGAAAGCGUUUCCAGCUCGGCAUUGUACGCGUUUCGCAGAUCAUUUUGACCUUCUUCGUAAUUCUGUCCGCAUUGAAAGGAAGGUGAAGAGUCUCGAAUACGAUCUUUCUAGUGAUGCUCUCCGGCUCAGCGAUGAAUACCAGAAUCGUCUUAAAGUUCUCGAAUCUCUGGGUUUUGUUGAAAAGAAGAUGGUUAGUCUGAAAGGAAGAAUCGGAUGCGAAAUUCAUCAUCAAGAGCUUCUGAUCACUGAAUUGAUUCUCGACUAUAAGUUCCAUAAGAGAACGCCUGCUGAGUUGGCUGCUCUUUUGUCUACGUUGACAUGCCAAUACAACUGCGGAAAAGAAGUGACAUUCGAACCCAAUUCAGUGUUUGCAGAGAUUUGCGAAAGUGUCAAGUCCGUUCUCACCCGUCUGGAGUCAGAAGCAUCAAAACACAGGGCUCACAUUUCAGAUGUGGGAUGCGAAAUAAGAUUCGAUUUGAUGGAGGUCGUGUAUGAAUGGGCUAAUGGAACGCCAUUCUAUCAAAUUAUGGAAAUGACGGAUUGUCAAGAAGGUCUGAUCGUCAAGUGUAUCCAGAGACUUGACGAAGUUUGCAAGGACGUUAGAAAUGCUGGUCGCAUUGUUGGAGAUCCAGCGUUAGUGGAAAAAAUGGAAGAAGUUAGUGCCUCGAUUCGACGAGAUAUUGUAUUUGCUGCCUCCCUAUAUACUACUGUUUAG